CAUCCGGUCUGUUCAAUCCAAUAUACACAAAACUGUAAAAUAACAAUACUAUCUUCUUCAGGUAUUUUGUCAUUAAUUGGAUUUGCGAUUCCAAGUGAUGUGUAUGCAUGGACAGCCAUUUUUGUGUUACCAAUUAACUCUGCCCUAAACCCAUUUCUGUAUACAGUGUCAGCAAUACUCGGAAAGAAGAGUUUUAAUCCAAGCAUUGAUGAGCAGAGUCGAACAAUGGUCCAGAAAGAAAAUGGCAGCGUCAUUUUGAAAUAUCAAAAAUUUAACAGAUCUGUUCGCAUGAAACAAGAAGUUGUUCCCAUAGGAACAAUGCGUUGUAUCCAAGAAAUACUUAAUGAUGAUAGAUGUUUGUCAGUCAGUAUUGUUGCAGCAGUAUCCAAACAACUUGCCGAAUAUCUUUGUCUAUUAGAUGAGUGUUUCAUUGUCAUAGACGAGAUAUGUGAGACGAAUGUUUACAUAACAAAGGGUAAAUAUCCAAUUGUUGUAAUAGAUGCAAAAUCUUCGAUAGCUGCCGAUGAAAGAGCUCUACAGAGAAAUAUAUGCCAAUAUGGAAAUUUUCUUCGAAAACUUGUUACAAAAUGUGAUAAGAAUUUGAAGUAAUAUGUGGAAAAAAAGAAACGCAAUGGUGUGAACUAUUUGUUUCGUAGUUCAAUGACACAGCUAUUACUCGUAUUUUAGUUUGAACUAUAUUUACUAUAGCGGGCAAACUGUAUAGUAUGUCUGUUUAAAUGUGUUAGAAUUAAUGAAGUCAUGUUUUGUCUAUUCAGUAUACAUAUAUGUUCAAUAAAUUUUCUGAUUUAUAUUUCAUACAGUGACAAAUCGUUGCUUAUAUUCAACGGGAUUUUUGUUGUUGUUGUUGUUGUUUUUUUGUUUUUGUUGUUGUUGGUAGUGGUUGAUGUAAACUUGUGUAAUUAUUUUUUUUCUAUAUCAAUUAUUCAUAUGAUAUUUAAUUUUAUAAAUGUCUUGACGUUGACCAUGUUUUUUUAUCAGUUUUAGUAAAUGUUUUAAUAAUGUAUUGACGACCAGGUAACCCCUUAUCUUUAUUUCUUGACUCAUUUUUUAUUUUGAGUGAAUUCAUUUUGAUGUUUUCUUCAAACUUAUCAGGUUGUUAACAUCUAUUUUAAUUAAGAUAAUUCAAUCACAUACAUUCAAUCAUUAAUCUUUUUCUAUUUUCUCAAAGUCUUUAAUAUUUCA